AGGAGAGGAAACGCGGUGCUGUAGGUCCAGCUGCGUGUGUGUGUGCGGGGGAGGCUGUUCAGCACCGCCGGAGACUCUCCGUUAUCGGUGUUCUGCGCCUCAUGCCACAGUUGAAUUCAGCAUCUUGAAAUACCGGCGGGAGACAUGGAGGCGUCGGGGUUGAUUUUAGGGAUUUUACAGUAUGCAGGACUUUAUUUUCAAUUUAAUGCAGGUCUGAACGAUGUGAAGAUGGACAACCACGUCUCUGGGAACGCUCUCUUCAUAGAGGUGCCAAGUGACAUCACAACACACAGUGGUGAGGAUGUGGAGAUGGCCUGCUCUUUCCGGGGAGCGGGUUCCACCUCGUACUCCCUGGAGAUUCAGUGGUGGUACAGCAGGAAGCGCAGAGACCAGCAGGACUUUACUUCUUAUGCUACUAACAAUGUUGGAACCCUUGAGGAAAUGUCCAAAGAUGCAACCAAAAUUAGUGUGGUGAAAGUGGCCGGUAGCAACAUCUCCCAUAAGCUUCGUCUCACCAGGGUCAAACCAACAGAUGAGGGCACGUACGAGUGUCACGUCAUCGACCACAGCGGUCUCGUGGUGCAGCGCUACCGCGUGCAGGCUUACCUCCAGGUGGCGCCCGAGAGGAGCCUCGAGUUGGAACCAGAACACGUCUCACAGCAGCGCUCCGCCUUGCCGACAGGGAGCAGGGACGUGGGGGGAGAGAGCAGCUGGCAGCACCUCUGACUGUACGGGUAGCUGUGUGCUUUAGACGGAGCAGAUCUGCAUGUUCAUCACUUAUCUCUGUGAAGAGGGACUGUCAUUGCUCUAUCUGCCACCACAUUAACCCCUAUAGCCCUGGCUUUUGUCUGUUAUUACUUGUGAUCUUUUGGGACAUAUUUUACUGUCAGUUACUCUGUUUCAGUCCUGUUUUUUAAAGAGAUUUUUUCUUAGCUUAAGCUGUAAGUUUGAAGGUUGUGCCACAGUUGUUUUAUUUCUGAGAAUUAGUUUUAUGUAAAUAGGAAACUUCCUUUUGGCGAUUUAUGUUGUACUUUGCAAAGAUGCAGUUAAUGCUGCAAAAUAACAAUUGAAUUUUCAAAGUUAGAUCCAAAGAAAUGUUUGUGAAAUGAAUAAUUUAAGCUUUAAGAACCACAUUUAAAUAUUUGAAUUCCUCACAUAAGGUGUUUUUCCAGCAACGCCGAGCCUAAAACAGCUCAGCGUGGUUUGAGGCUGCCCAUCUGAAUGUAGUUUUGUUCCCAUGCCAGCUCCAUGUGAAAGUGGGUGCGCCCCUCAUAGGUGAGGGGGGUACGUGAGUUUUACUCAUGACAAAAUAACAGGAGAUGAUCAGUAAACAGUGUAAGGUAACCCGUAUGUUCCACAGAAACAUAACUUGGCUGAAAAAUGAUGCUGAUGGACAUUUUGCUCAGUUUUAUGGCUUUUUGUCGGACUCUGAACCAGGAAGUGGCUGCAGGCAGUGAAACAGAAGGCAAACAACUAUGGAGUGACUCCGCCCCCUAGCCAGUCGGUGGCUAGAGUCACAAUGCCAGCUCGACUCGGCCUUGCUAGGUACCUCAGUGGAGCAGGGACUAAAAAUAGGGGAGAAAGUAGAGGGAAAAUACCAAACCAUGCCCUUGGAACUGGUCGGGCCGAGCUGCACCGGUCCGAGUUACUCUGAGUAGUACUCCUGGAAACUACCUUUAGGCUGCUGACCUAGUGACCCGAUCCUGGAUAAGCAGAGGGAAAAUACCUCAACGGAGCAGGGACUAAAAAUAGGGGUCCAGUCCAAGUUUCUCUGAGUAGCACUCCUGGAUAACCACGUAAAGAGGCUGUACCAGCUCUUUAUUAUUUUUUGGUAUCAUUUAUUUUUCAUUGUCGACUUUUAACAAACAUUUACCACUAAAUACCAAGUGCAUCUUAACCAACUGUUAUUGAUUACAUCUGUAAAUUUUCAGUAUCGCUAUUUUGUGGAGAACAUCAUUUGAUGUAAUGUUGUUUUCUACAUUUGUCCCUAUUGUUGUUGUUGUUGUUUCUUUUAAAUACAUUUGUUGGAAAUGCCUUGCUAUUUUCUUUAGAUUGCUGUGGGGCUUGCUUUAUUAUAAAGAGGAUAAUGAAAAACAAACA